AUGACCUACGUUCUGCCAGGAGAGUCUGUGCCCGCUCAACAUGUAAACCUCAAGCUCGGCCCUGGUCUCUUGCAGGUCUCGGAUGCACAGAAGAGCAGCUCCAUCAUCUCAACUCGCGCAGGGGAGCUCAAGCACACGGCCAAUAACCGGCAAUGGUGGAUCGAGAGCAAUUCGAGGCGGUAUGCUCCGGCACCUCAGGAGUCUGUCAUCGGUGUCGUAAUCGCAAGAAGUGGCGACAAUUGGCGAGUCGACAUCGGCUCCGCGCACGUCGCUUCAUUAGACGGUCUGGCUUUCGAAGGUGCAACGAAGAGGAACAGGCCAAAUCUCAAGGUUGGAUCAUUGCUGUAUGCAAGAGUAUCGCUAGCCCACAAGGAUAUGGAGCCUGAGCUGGAAUGCUUCGACGCUCAGACGCGGAAGGCGGAAGGGUUUGGGGAGCUUAAGGGAGGUUUCCUCGCCAAAUGUAGCCUUCAAAUGUCUCGAAUGCUCCUCGAUCCAAGCCAUUUCCUCCUCCCCCUCUUAGGCUCGAAAUUCCCUCUGGACGUCGCUAUUGGAGUCAACGGUCGCGUCUGGAUCAGCACGAAAGAGCCUAAGCACACAAUAGCCGUAACGCGUUGCAUCGAAGCUGUAGACCCCGACGGCGGGGGCAUGGAUGAGCUCGGCGUGAAGAAGUUCCUUGGCACCUUGGAUAUAUGA